CCUCCAUACCCUCCCACAUACGCCCUCCAUACCCUCCCACAUACGCCCUCCAUGCUCUCCACACGCCGUUUCAUAGGCCCGCAUCAAGCGCAUCAUGCAGAAGGACGAGGAGGUUGGCAAAGUCGCGCAGGCGACGCCUGUUGUAAUCUGCGAGUUUCUCGUUUACUUCUAUCUCGUGCGGAAUGUGCUGAAUGCUUGCGUGGGGAGCACAGCAAAGGCCCUUGAGAUGUUCCUCCAGAUGAUCGUCGAGGAGGCCGCCAGGGUCACCGCCGAGCGCGGCGCGAAGAAAGUCGAGGCGUACCACCUAAAACACGCCGUCGAGACCGUCGAGACGCUCGACUUCCUGAAGGAAAUCGUCGAAGCCGUGCCCGACCCGUCCGCAGGCGGGACGAUCGACCUCGCAGCCGAGGCCGCCGAGAAGGCUGCCGCCAAGAAACGUUCUCGCCCGCGUCGCCCGGCCACCGCCCCCGAAGACGAGGGCGAAGAGGGCGGUAGUUCUGCGCCCGCCCCCGCGCCCAAGCGCAGGCGGCGUAAGGCGGACGACGGCGCGCCGCCGAUGGCCAGACGUGGGAAGGGCAAGAAUGCGCAGCAGCCGGUACAACAGGAGGAAGAGUAUGAACCGCCUGAGCCUGAGGAAGAGGACACACACGGGGGCGAGGAUGACAUGGACCAGGAUUAUGAUCAGCCGGACGAGCCAGAGGAAGAAGAGUACGACGCGCCGGCGUCAAGGGCGAAGGCCCAAAAGAUGGACGAAGAGUAGGAUGGAUAGGGAUACAUGCCCCAGACCGGCCUAGCGAUGGGAGCGAGAGGCUGAAAAUAUGCUUCUGCCCCUCUUAAUUACAGGCAACAUCUUGUAUUAUGGAGUUUU